GACAACAGUUGCCACAGUCUCUACGUAGGCAUGGUAUAAAAGCAACGGUAUAUGCACUCGCUUCUAACGUUAACUCAACUGCAAACAUGAUCAAGAUCACCCUCGUCCUCCUUGUCUGCGUCUGCUUCGUGGCAGCGCAACGCUUCCCAUCGCAAGGCAGGCCGCCGGUCCAGGAGUCGUACCCACCCAUCCCGUACUCCUUCAGUUACACCUCGACUGACCAGGAAGGCACUCACACACGAGAAGAAUCGGGAGAUGGCGCGGGACGUGUGAAUGGAAAAUAUACUCUCCAAUUGGCCGACGGACGCGUACGUACCGUGACGUACGUCUCCGACGAACUGGGUCACCGACAACAGAUCGUUACGAACGAGCUCGGCACCGAGUCCCAGAACCCCGCAGACGUGAUCAUCCAGUCGUCGGCUCCAACGGGAGCCCAAGCCGCCUACGCCCACGAGCCUAGCCGACCAGGAGGAGGGUUCAGGGGCUAAGUGUUAUCACUGUAUUUAAUGCUGCUGGUUCGCGGUUCUUCUCGUUCAUGCUGUGUGUACAGAUUGCUGUUUACGGAAACCAUGCCAUUCACGUGUGAAGUGUGGUUCGUGAGUUUGGGGUCUUAGGCUGUAACACCAAACUUGGUGUCACGUUCACUCGGUAUCAUGAAGAUGUGUAGGAAAAUAAAUAUGCAUGCUUGCGGCGUACUAAGCCUGUUGUUGCGCUUUACGCUUGAGGGAAGAUUGCUCUUUGUCUCGGGUAGGCUUUGUAAACGUUGCUGAAGAAUAAAAAUGUCAUCACUUCA